AAUGAGUAAUAUUUAUUUUUUUCUUUUAUUUGUGUCCAUUUUAUUUUUGACAAUUUUUAAAGGCGUCAAGACAAGUGAAGGUGUUUUAAUAUAUGAAGAAUGGUAUAGAAGUUCAACAUUCAAAUGUUUGAAAGAGAACUCAAAAGAAUUUGUUAUUAUUAGAAGUGAUCAUUACAACACAGGAGAAGUUGAUUUAAAUGCAGAAUUAAAUAUAAUAAAUGCUGGAGCAGCAGGGAUUAAAAAUGUGGACAUUUAUUUUUCUCCUUGUGUUAAGCCUUCUAAUAAUUACAAAUUAUGUGGAGAUGCUAGAAAAUCUAUUACAACCGUCCUCGAUCAUUUAAAUAAAAAUAAUGCAAAAUUUGGAAGAGUUUGGCUAAGUAUUCAUGGUUUAAUUGGCUGUAAUGACGAUAAUAGGUGGUAUAAAUAUGGCAAAACUGAAAAUAUUGAGUUUAUUGAUGAAAUGGUCACCACAUUAAAAGAAAGAAACCAGACAUUUGGAUUUUACACAAAUAAAUAUAAUUGGCACGAAAUUACAGGAAAUACUAGAAAAUAUAACGAUACUCCACUUUUGUAUUCCAAUUUUGAUGAAAAAGGCAAUUUUGACGACUAUAAUGAAUAUGGUUAUCCAUUUGGUGGGUGGGAAAAGCCUACAAUGAAAAGAUAUAUUGAUACUGCGACAAUUUGUGAAAUUGAAGUGUCCAAUAUAUUCAAAAAUUGA